CAAUGCGCAGGCGCCCAUCUUAGUUGGUCUUCUUGUCCUGUAAACAGAGGGGCUUGCCGCUGAGGGGUUCUGCUUCCGGGUCACCCUUGACUGCGGCUUUCCACACCCCGCUCAGCCUAGCAAUUCGCAGACCUGCCUGGAGUGCUGCGAGAUAUCUGUUGGGAGCCUGUGCGUUGAAACCGCACGUCCUUGCAUUUUGUGCCCUUGCCCCCCGCCCCCUAGCCUCAGCAAGACAGCUGCCGCGAGCUCUCCCGCAGCAGUUUGGAGCAUGUGAACACCUUGAACCUUGAUGAGUUCCAGUAUGUGGUAUAUUAUGCAGAGCAUUCAGAGCAAAUACUCUCUUUCGGAGCGCUUAAUCCGAACAAUUGCUGCCAUCCGUUCCUUCCCACAUGAUAAUGUAGAGGACCUCAUCAGAGGGGGAGCAGAUGUGAACUGCACCCAUGGCACUCUGAAGCCCUUGCACUGUGCCUGUAUGGUGUCAGAUGCUGACUGUGUGGAGUUACUUCUGGAAAAAGGAGCCGAGGUGAAUGCCCUGGAUGGGUAUAACCGAACAGCCCUCCACUAUGCAGCAGAGAAAGAUGAGGCUUGUGUGGAGGUCCUACUGGAGUAUGGUGCAAACCCCAAUGCUUUGGAUGGCAACAGAGAUACCCCACUUCACUGGGCAGCCUUUAAGAACAAUGCUGAGUGUGUGCGGGCUCUCCUAGAGAGUGGGGCUUCUGUCAAUGCCCUGGAUUACAACAAUGAUACACCACUCAGCUGGGCUGCCAUGAAGGGAAAUCUCGAGAGUGUCAGCAUCCUUCUGGAUUAUGGCGCAGAGGUCAGAGUCAUCAACCUAAUAGGCCAGACACCCAUCUCCCGCCUGGUGGCUCUGCUAGUCAGGGGACUUGGAACAGAGAAAGAGGACUCUUGCUUUGAGCUUCUCCACAGAGCUGUUGGACAUUUUGAAUUGAGGAAAAAUGGUACCAUGCCACGGGAGGUGGCCAGAGAUCAGCAGCUGUGUGAAAAACUGACUGUUCUGUGCUCAGCUCCAGGAACUCUAAAAACACUCGCUCGCUAUGCUGUGCGCCAUAGCCUGGGACUCCAGUAUCUGCCAGAUGCAGUGAAGGGCCUUCCACUGCCAGCUUCCUUGAAAGAAUACCUGUUACUUUUAGAAUAGCCCAGAGAAGAUGUUUGCAUCAUCAUGCAGGCCACUCUGGGUGAGGUUGUACCUGCAGUACACUUUGUCACAGAAAACAGAAAAACAGUUGUUCCUGUUGUGUGGUUUAUAGAUUUCAAAGCAACAUGUCACAAUGGUAACCUCCAUACCACUUCCCCUCCCCAAACCAAACAGCCAAA